AUGGAUAACUACCAAAAAAUCGAAAAAAUCGGUGAAGGCACGUACGGUGUCGUCUACAAGGCCCGCGAGCUGGUCUCCCCAAACCGAAUUGUUGCCCUCAAAAAGAUCCGACUGGAAGCCGAAGAUGAGGGUGUUCCCAGUACCGCCAUCCGUGAGAUCUCACUUCUCAAGGAAAUGCAGGACCCCAACAUUGUCCAAUUGCUGAACAUUGUCCACGCCGAUGGUCACAAGCUCUACCUCGUUUUCGAAUUCCUCGAUCUCGACCUGAAGAAAUACAUGGAGGCCCUGCCGGUCAGCGAGGGUGGCCGUGGCAAGGCUCUCCCUGAUGGAUCCACAUCAAUGGCAAGCCUGGGGCUGGGCGACGCCAUGGUAAAGAAGUUUAUGGCGCAGCUGGUUGAGGGUAUUCGGUACUGUCACAGUCACCGCAUUCUUCACCGUGAUUUGAAGCCUCAAAACUUGCUCAUUGAUCGCGACGGCAACCUGAAGCUUGCCGAUUUUGGUCUGGCCCGAGCCUUCGGUGUCCCCCUGCGCACUUACACCCAUGAGGUCGUUACACUGUGGUACCGCUCCCCCGAAAUUCUUCUUGGAGGCCGCCAAUACUCCACCGGUGUCGAUAUGUGGUCCGUCGGCGCCAUCUUCGCCGAGAUGUGCACCCGCAAACCUCUGUUCCCCGGCGAUUCGGAGAUCGAUGAGAUCUUCAAAAUCUUCCGUGUCCUCGGCACUCCCGAUGAAGAGAUUUGGCCUGGUGUCACCUCCUUCCCCGAUUACAAGGCGACUUUCCCCAAGUGGAAGCGCCCCGAUGUCGCCAUUGUCCCCGGUCUCGAGCAAGCUGGUCUCGAGCUUCUAGAGGCCCUGCUUGAGUAUGAUCCAGCGCACCGCCUCUCGGCGAAGCAGGCCUGCAUGCACCCCUACUUCCGCAACGGCAGCUCUUACUAUUCAGGUCGCACCAACGGCACAAGAAACGGUUAUCACUAA